UUCUGCCACUGAUUCUCUGUGCUCUAGCGGGGAGAGUUCACUAUCUCAUAGUGAAUCUUUGAUGGGAAAAUUUUCAGGCUCCCAAGUCUCCUUCUCCUCAUAACUUGACAAAAACUUUCAGAGGUGUAGUAAGUUGGUUGAUCAUUGAUGGGUACUAAGAACCUUGUUAUGCUUAAAACACACAUUGGUUCAAUCAAUUUGUGUUUUGCUAAUGAUUUUGUUUAUGAAAACAUGCUUUGGGUCUUGGCUUCUCUGCGGGUUUUCUUCACAAACUACGUGCUUUACUCCUUGUGGUUGAUGCUCAGAUACAUCUUCAGAUUUCAUGUAGAAGACAAAAAAAACGAGCACCUUGUUCCAGUAGCUGUAGCUGAUCAAGCCAAGAGGAAUCAUUUUGAAGAUUCUGAGAUUAAAGGGUUUACAGAAGAGUUGGCUAAUUUGAUAUUUCCGAGCUCUGAAGAUUCUCAUGUAGCAAGUGAAGAAAGAGAAGGAGAAACAGAGAGCUCUGUUUUAAAUGAAAAGGACCCUGAUAUUUUCAUUGAGACUGUCUCAGAUGUUUAUAAAAAUGUGAAGAAAAUAGAUGAAAAAGAAACAGAGAGCUCUGUUUUCAUGGAGGGUGAUUCCAAUGAUCAUCAAUAUGGUACCAAGAGAGUAGAAGAAGUUCAAGAAGAAAAAGAUGAAGCCGAAGAACCAACAACCAUGACCUUCACGUUCCGAGAAAUUUACACAGGUGCAAAUGUUUCUGAUAAUACAUUUUCCAGCACUGAAAAUAUUGCCACAAAGGAAUUUUCACAGCAUAUUUUAGAAGAAGGCCUUGUUGCUCAGGAAGAAAAAGAUGAAUCUGUUCAAGAACAGAGAACGUUCGCUUCCAAUUCCACUUCUGGUUUUGUAAGUAAUGCUUUUGGUGCAAGUGAUUCAUCUGAUGAUGAUUAUCUUCUAUACAGUGAUAACUUAUUGCAAUCUGAUUCAGAGUCAGAAUCAGAAUCAUCAAGUUCCAGUGAUCUUAUAUGGGGUAGCAGCAACAACAUUGAUGAUUCAUUAACAUGUCAGAAUCUGCAAUCUAACAAUUCUUGUAAAGGAUUUGAGUCUGAAAGUCUUAAGGUAAUUAAAGAUGAAAGAGUUGAAGAUGUGGAAGAAACUCAAUUUUCAUGUGAUGUAAAAGUCUCACAUGGAGAAGAGGCACAUAAGGAUUGCUUGGAGAAAACUGAAGAAAUCAUGUGGGAAGAUGAUGAGGAUUCUUAUGAAGAUGAUGAGGAUGAUGAUGACUUUGAUUGGGAGAAUGAUGAGGUGGUGGAACAACUGAAAUUGGAACUGAGAAAUGCAAGACAAGGAGGACUUGCUACAAUUUUAGAAGAGGAAGGAGAUGAGGAAACGGAGCCUCCAAAAGUUGUUGAAGAUCUAAAGCCACUGAGAAUUGAAGAGAAGAUCGAAUACAAGGAUCACAUUGUUGAAAUUCAAAAGGUUUACAGGAGCUAUGCUGAGAAGAUACGGAAACUAGAUAUCUUGAAUUACCAGACCAUGCAUGCAAUAGGUCUUCUCCAACUAAAAGACCCUCUUAAAUUAAUGCUGAUACCAAAAUCUACCGUCCAACAUGCCAAGCCUUCAAUCUCUCAGAAUUUGUGGCCACGCAAAGCACAAAAGCACAAAAAUGACCCUAUGCUGAAGUUUGUUCAUGAACUGCAUAGAGAUUUGGAAUUGGUGUAUGUUGGGCAGGUUUGCCUCUCAUGGGAAAUCCUGUGUUGGCAGCACAAGAAAGUCCACGAGUUAAAACAAUAUGAUUCACAAUGGCCUCGUAGGUAUAAUCUAGUUGCUGAUGAGUUUCAACUUUUUCAAGUCCUCAUGCAACGGUUUAUAGAGGAUGAACCAUUUCAAGGUCCUAGGAUUCAGAAUUAUGUCAAGAACCGUUGUGUCAUUCGCAAAUUGCUCCAAGUUCCAGCUAUUAAAGAUGAUAAUAAUAAGAAGGAUAAGAAAAUAGUUAAGUGGGGUGAUGAGGAUGCAAUUACUAGUGAAAGGUUAGAACAGAUCAUCAAGGAAUCCAUGCAGGUGUUCUGGGAAUUUGUCAAAGCAGAUAAAGAUUAUGGGAAUGCUAUCCUUAAAGUUUCUCAUCAAACUGGAAUUGAUGUCAAGGACCCUGCAAUUUCAGAUCUUCUUGGAGAUAUUAGAACCGAACUUCAGAAGAAAGAGAGAAAGCUUAAGGACUUAGUGAGAAGCGGGAAUUGCAUAGUAAGGAAGUUCCAAAAGCAUCAUGAUGAUCAAAUUCAACUGGAUAUUGAGCAGUUGCUUGCUCAAGUGGGAUUGAGAUUGAUUUCAAGGGUGGUAAACAUGAAAAAAUUGAGAAAAGAUCAGCUAAUAUGGUGUAAUGAAAAGUUAAACCGAAUCGAAUUUGUUGGCAGGAAGAUCCAGGUGGAGCCUUUUUUUUUGCUUUUUCCUUGUUGAUUGAUUCAUCUGGCUCUGCCAUGGCAUAUUUUCUUAGAUGUAGAGCUACUUAUUUUCAGCAGAAAAGUACAUAGCAGCAAACAUAGCUUAUCUACUUACAAAGUUUCAGUGUAUAUAGGCUUAUUGCUAAUACAUCAAAGUUGACUAA